AUGCAACUUGGAAGACAGCUGGAGACACAGGAGCUGGAGCAUAAAAGUCUCUUGGAAAAUAAUCUAGCUGCUAUUGAAGAUAUGCAUUCUAAAUUACAAACCAACAUAAAAUCAAUACAUUUUUUAAACCAGAAGAUAAAUGAAUUAGGCCAAGAAAAUGGAUGUUUGCAGCAGCAGUUGGAAGAUAGGAAACUGAGAUGUCAACAGUAUGAACGUCAUCUAGAAACCUGCAAUCAGACUCUCUCUAAUCUUUUCACUCAUCUGAAAUUUAUACAAGAACAGAGAGAUUGCCUACAAAAAAAGACUCUAAAUGCUGUAUCCUGUAGCCACAACAUUGUGCCACCUCUAACCACAGGAUCUCAUUUACAGCAUCAGAUUUUCUCCCAAAUUGGAACAGUAAAUGGGGAAUCAGAAGAGUUAGUGUUAAAAAAUUCAUUAGACAAAUCAUGUCGGACACAAUGCACAGAAGCGCAUUCUACUCCAUUACAAGACAAUACAGAGUACUGGAUGGAGAAAAUGAAUGGCUUAAUGUUACAGAUACAACAAUUUGUAGAAAAACCCAGAAAGUGA